AUGAGCCUGACCUUCGUACAAGGCCUUCCUCCCCAAGGCGUUUCAGCGCCCGUGGUCUCGAAGGCGCAGUCGACUCCACAUCCAAUCAGAAGUGAGGGCCGUGGCCAUGGAACUGGGGCCGCCCUGUGCCUUGCCUCCGCCGGCGCGGUCGCUGCCCGCAGCCGGGGGCGAAAGCCCACAGCCGUCAAGGCCGAGUCCCGAACGAGGACCGUGAACCCCGCAAACAACCAGCCAGAAGAUCCCACUGACUUUCCGAAGCCGCCGAUGAUUGACAAGACGGACAAUUACUUGGAGGGCGAGGCCUUGUCAAGCAAGAUUGCCGGCCUGAAGGGCAAGGGCGAGUCCAAAACCGUCGCCAUCAUUGGAGGCGGCCUCUCAGGCCUUGCCUGCGCCAAGUACUUAGUGGAUGCUGGCCACAAGCCGAUCGUCUUGGAAGCUCGUGACUGCCUGGGUGGCAAGGUCUCAGCCUGGCAGGACAAGGAUGGCGACUGGGUUGAGACAGGUUUGCACAUCUUCUUCGGUGCCUACCCGAACAUGAUGAACCUCUUCAAGGAGCUCGACAUCGAGGACCGGCUGCAGUGGAAGCGCCACCAGAUGAUCUUUGCCAUGCAGGAGCUGCCGGGUGAGUUCACGACCUUUGACUUUCUUGAGGGCAUCCCGGCGCCCUUCAACUUCGGACUGUCCAUUCUGCUGAACCAGAAGAUGCUCACACUGCCUGAGAAGCUGCAGACAGCGCCCGCCCUUCUGCCCAUGCUGGUCGAGGGCCAGAAGUUCAUCGACCUGCAGGAUGAGCUCUCAGUCUUCAACUUCAUGGAGAAGUAUGGCAUGCCAGACAGGAUCAACACAGAGGUCUUCAUUGCCAUGGCCAAAGCCCUGGACUUUAUCGAUCCUGAGAAGCUAUCGAUGACCGUGGUCCUCACGGCCAUGAACCGCUUCCUGAACGAGACGGAUGGCCUUCAGAUGGCAUUCCUGGAUGGCAAUCAAACACUGCGCCUUUGCGAGCCCCUGAAGCAGUACAUCGAAGCAAGAGGCGGCCAGGUGCUUCUGGACCAGCCUCUGGCCAGCAUUGAGACCAACGAGGACGGCUCGGUGAAGCACUUUCGCAUGCGCAACGGCAAGAAUGUGGUUGCAGAUGAGUACAUCUCUUCGGUUCCCUGCGACAUCAUGAAGCGCAUUCUUCCACGCGCCUGGUCCACGGACCCCUUCUUCCGACAGAUCGACGAGCUAGAAGGCAUUCCGGUCAUCAACAUUCACCUUUGGUUCGACAGGAAGCUGCUCAACGUGAACCACCUCUGCUUCAGCCGAAGCCCGCUCCUAUCUGUGUACGCGGACAUGAGCACAUGUUGCAAAGAGUACGAAGAUGAGGACAAGUCGAUGCUCGAGCUGGUCUUUGCUCCCUGCUCGCCAAUUGCUGGUGGCAACACCAACUGGAUGGGCAAGAGUGAUCAAGACAUCGUCGAUGCAACCAUGAAGGAGUUGGAGCGCCUCUUUCCCACGGAGAUUGGGCCAGAUCUGCCUGAUGGUGGGGCCAAGCUCAUCAAGCACGCAGUGGUGAAGGUGCCUCGCAGCGUUUAUGCUGCCAUUCCGGGCCGCAACAAGUUCCGCCCCUCCCAGGAGACGCCCAUCUCGAACUUCACCCUGGCCGGUGACUGGACGAGCCAGAAGUUCUUGGGCAGCAUGGAGGGCGCCGUCCUCGCUGGCAAGCUGGCAGCGGAGGUUGUUGCCUGCAAAGCAGCUGGCGUGCCUACGAAGGGUCUGAAGGAAAUUGAUGCAUCCAUCUUGGCUAAGAAGGACGACUUUGUACCUAAGGAUCCCAUGGGAGUGAAGGGAAAGACUCCCAUUGCCUUUGGUGGUGGCGAAGUGCUGGGAUCCAACUUCGAGGACAAGCUCAGAAAACAAGAGGCGGUGUUGCUUGAGAACGCUUGA